AUGGGUAUUGGUCAGCAUUUUGUUGUGCCGUUUGCUCCUGCAGUGAAUAAUGGUAGUUGUACCAUGAGCACCCAGAAGUGGAAUGGGGCAGCAGGGCUUGGACCAUUUUAUGCAGUUCACUUUGCAACGGUCAUCUUGCUGGCAGGCUUGCUACCGCUUCUGGGCAUCCAGCUCUCUUGCUGGUUGCUGUUGGCAUUUAUACGAUACUUUGGGCCGUUUGGAAUUCUGUUGGUCUGCGUGGCGCGCGUGUCGCCUAUGCUGCUGUGCGGGGGUGGCUGCUCUGGUCGUGAUCUUGCCUGUCGAUUGCAGUGA